UGUAUAAUUUUCAAGAGACAAUACUGAAUAAGUCAGUUCAUGCACAGACUGAAUUUACAUGAAAUAAAUAAUUAUAUUUAUGAAAGCAUAUGAGUAAGGAUACAAACAAUACUUACAACAAAGUUUCAUGUAAAUACAUAACAUUCACUACACAUCUUACUAAGAAGAGUAAUUGAAGAUAGAGAUAUAGUCUAUGCUUAAGCUUUUAACGUAAAAGACACAAACAGCAGUUUGUUGAUGUCAUCUUCUCAUCUCUUCUCUCACUGUUGCUGAUGUCGCUCUUCAGCUUCACUCAUGCAUAUGAAACAAACAAGAUAAAUCAUCAGCAGAGCAAAGUUCUUGGAAAAUAACUCUCAUAAUAAUAUAAUUUCAUCUUCUGAUUUGCUUAUUAGUAACCCCUUCUACAGAGCAAGAAGCCAUGACCAGGCAACAUUUAAAUGAACCAGUAUAACAAAAAUCCAGUCCAAAAUUGCAAAUUUUACUUUUUUUUUUUAUUCGCUCAAUGGCUUUAGCUCCAGGCCAAGAUCAAUUUUCAGAUCAUCGUAACAUAGUCAAAAGUGGCAUUUCCGAAUAUAUACGUGCCAAAAAUGUGCAACUAAAAGUUAGAGUGCAUAAUUGUUCUUGCACAUUUUUGACAUGGGUUUCACAUUUCCAGAAAUAAUAUUUUUGACUAUGCUACAAUAAUUUGAAACUGGGUCUCAUCCUGGAACUGGUCAUCAAGUGAAUAAAAAAAAGUAAACCUUACAACUUUGGACUAGUUUUUCAUUGUACUGAUUAACAGAAGUUGCCGACCCACAGCUACUCCAGCAUGUUGGAAAUUCGUAAAUUUGAAUGAAUUCUUGAAAAGUGCACCAAGUUUAUUCCAUACUUACUUUGCAUGCACCUUAAGCAGGAACUUAAGUCAAUUAGUGUAUGGUGAUAACAGUCAAUAUGAUAAUUAUCUUAAGAAAUAAUGCUGUAGCCCUGAACAUUGUAAUUUACCAUGAAUGGGCAGUUUACUUUGGAAAAUGAGGUACAUUACAGCUAUUUUAAUACUUUUAAUCCCCUGAAUUUAUUUCUGCACAAGUGCCUUGGCAUUUCACAUCCAGUAUACUUAAAUUCAUUCUCCUAUAAUUUUAAAACUCUGCAUAUAUCCACACUUGCUGUCAAGCAUCAAAAUGAUAAAAACUUGAAUAUUUUGGAUUCAUAUGACCAAAUUACAUACCAUAUUAGGUAAAACUACAGAGAUUCAAGCUGAUAAGGAGGUUUACCACCUAUCAUUCUUCCCAUGAAACAUUUGCGACUGGAAGAGGAAAGGGUCGAUUGAAGUAGUACAUAGAGUACACUCUGCCAUCAACCCUAUGGUGACUUCUGGAAUAGAGAUGUAGACGUAGCAAUGCACCUACAUCAACUCUUUGGAACAUUUUUCUCAUUAUAAAUAUAAUUCUGGUAUUUGAAAUUUGUUACACUGAACUUCUGUGAGAACUGAGACGUCAAAUUCAACAGAGUUUUUUCAUGUGAGUUUUUGUUUUUGCUUGCAUUGUCAUUAAUUUUAGCCCAUGUACUUCUAUUAACAGAUAGGGCUUUUUCAUGAGGUAUUUUAUUUGUUCCUUCCGUAUUACAUGCCCAUAUUCCUUUAUUUUAUUAACUGAAUAAAACAGGCUACAUAAUGGCACAUACGUUGACAAAGUGGUUUCAAAUAGAAUGGCUUGCGCCAGAAUGUUUAUUCCCUUACUCUUACUGUACGAGUGGGUCAAAAACAUACACAAUCAGGUCCUCAUCUACAACUUCCACAUAAUGGCCCUAACACUGAAUUCUGUAAUAUAUACUGCAGUUCAUCAUCUUCAACUAUUCAGAAUAUACAUUUCUUAUUAUGUUAACAACAUUAUGUUAUUGUUCUCAUAAAGGAAUUACUUAAACAAAACAAGCAUAAACAACUUUUCUCACUAGACAGUUACGGAUAUAACACAGAAUAGGCUACCAUGUAGUGCAGUCAGCCUAUUUUAAAAUGUUGACAGAACAUGAAAACAUUGCAGAUAUUAUCCCAUUUUGUGUUGGUUUCUACUGUACACAGAAGCUGUACUCCUUAAAAUAGGAAACUUAAUACAUGAAAUUUAUCUGGUUCUUCAUCAGUUUAUAUUUGAUGCCUCCUUAUCAUGGAAGUAACAACAAUGAACACAAGCUACACAGCUGCAAGCCCUUUCUGAAAACUAAAUUAAAAUGGAUUUCAAUAUAUAUUAAAUAAUUUGAAUAGAGGGUAAAACUAUGGUCCCUGACACAUUUUAACAUUGUUCAGCAACCUAAGUAUACCAUAUAAAGGUAUGUGUGUCUACCACAUAUGAAACCUACAAAACAAACCAAUUACCGUUUAUAGGGGAAACUUAACAACACUGCUUCAUAUAGACGGCUAUAAUAUGAGCAAAUAACCCCUGGAUAGGAAAUACCAUGUAGCUAGUAUUUUUAAGCAGUGUACAGGUCUUAGUGGUUUAGGCUUUCUAUGGAAAGAGGUUGCUCAAGAAAAUAAUGUAAUAAUUCGUAGGUGUGCUGUCACUAUAAACUGCAGUUCAAGAGUUAAAGUGUCAAUAUUCUAAAAAAGUUAUCUUCCAAAACUUUUGUGAUUAUCACACGUGCUCGAGGUACUUAACAUAUAAAAUUAUUAUGUUGUUAUUACUCCCUCAUUAAUCGGAUAGUACUUUUACCUCGUAUACUUUUUUUUUGUUUGUUUCUAGUUUUGGGCUCUGAUUAUCUCACUAUCUGUACCAUUACAUACUUAACUACAUCCGUUCAUUUGUAAAACAAUAAACAUUUCCAAAAAAUAAUAUGCUUUCCAUUACACUGUUUGCAGUACUUACGUGAAUUACAAAAUAAAUUUUAAAGAACCGGAAUUUUCAUGUUCCAAAUACGCUUCUUUACCGAAAACGAACGAAAUGAGUCAAUUGUCACAUUUUAAAUGGCGCGCCCUUUCUUAUAUUUCAACCGGGGAAUUAAUAUGGUUUCUCGUAAAUGAGGUCUCCCAGGCUCUUAAUACAGACGUUUUAUGCGAUAUUUGAGAGGCUAUGAUUUGGAAAAUUGCCGAGACCGAUCAUAAUUUGUAAGCUGUUGGAAUCGACUUACAAACUUAAUGUGAUAGGGCGACAUCUUGGACCGGAUUUGAUAGCGACCUCUGUGAAUGAGCAUUCAUCUCUCAAACAUUGGUAAAUACUGCUAUGGCAGAUGGGCUCCAAUUCUGUGACCUCCAUGUUGCAUCGGACGCAUCAUGGAUCCGUGUUAAGCACCGCAGUGCAUUGUGGGAUUUACGGAAGGAAACCAUAUUUUUCGUAUCACAUAUGUGAAAAUAUUCUGGAGGGAAAGUUGUAUUUACGAUGGUUUACGCGUUCGUGUACGUGCUCGAAUAGGAACGAACUAUAAUCAGCAAAAUCUGUGUGUUUAUAAACAAAGUGCGUGAUUCUGUAGUGCCACGUAUAAGAUAGGAAGGUUAAAAACACAAGUGAAUUCGCACAGGUGUUGAAGGGUUUCCGUGUGUUGGUGACAUUGGUGCCAAAACAACAGUGAGAAUUGUGGAGUGCUAAACUUCAGUGCUGUUGAAUUUAAAGUGUAAUGUCAAGAAGGAAAUACGUCCUAGGAAAGGAUUUAUAUGCAUCAGAAACGACAUGCAGGGCGCGGGACGGGCAGCGGCAGUGAGGCAGCGCGGCCGCGGCCCGGUGUGGCGCGGCUGUGAUGUGGCAGCGCCAUGGCGGGAAAGCCCGACCCCCAGGCCUCGCCCCAGGCGCCGCCCCCGCCGCAGCCGGCCGGCCUGCACAACGUGCUAGUCUACGUCUCCAGCGACAACUUCGCCGCCUACGCCGUCAACCACCACCACCAGCAGCCGCCGCCGCCGCCGCAGCACCAGCACCACCCCCACCAGCCGCCGCAGGCGCAGCACCAUCACCACAGCCAGCCCCAGCCGCAGCAGCAGCAUGUGUACUGCCAGCAGAACGGGGGCGGCCCCGCCGCCGCGCAGGCCGGCUUCUGCGUGGCCGCCGCCCCCGGCAAGGGCCGCCUGCAGCACGCGCCCUUCGCGGCGCCGCCUCUGCCCCUCAACGGGCUGGUGCCGCCCCCGGCCGCCCUGUACGGCGGCGCCGCCGCUGCCGCCCCCGGGGGCGGCGGCGCCGGCAGCCCCGGGCCCGGCCCCGGAGCCCCCGCCGCGCACAACGGCUUCCCGCCCCCGGCGCAGCCGCCGCCCCCGACGGCGUGCGCCGCCCCCGACGGCGCGCCGCUGCCCCCCGGGCUGUGCCUGGUGGGCGGCCCGCUGCCCGCCUGCUCGUCGUCGUCGCAGCAGUUCGUGCUGGGCGGGAAGCUAGUGGCCGCCUCUCAGGCGGUGGAGGCGGCCGAGCUGGCGCUGGCGUCGCCCGCCCCCGGCGGCCCUGCUGCUGGCCAGCAGCGCGCCGCGCGCCCCGGGGGCGGAGAGGCGGACGCGGCUUUCCCGGGGGGCGGCGCGCCGCGCUGCGACUCGGUGCGCUCCGAGACCAGCUGCAGCUCGCUCAGCUCCGGCUCGGCCGACUCGCAGCCUGACGCCGCCGCCCCCGUCGUGUCCAUCUCGCUGCCGCAGCCUCAGCCUCAGCCGCAGGCGGCGCGGCCCCCACCGCCCCCGCACCAGCAGCAGCAGCCGCCGCCACCACAACAGCAGCAGCAACAGCUCAUCCUGGCAGUCCACCCACACCCCCACCCCCACCCUCAGCAGCAACAUCAGCACCAGCAGCAGCAGCAGCAGCCGCAGCAAGUCCAGUCCGUGGCGCCUCCAGUCGGCUGGAAGAGGCUGCACAUCGGCGGCUCCAUCGUCUACGUCAGCCCGAGCAACACGGCGCUGAGCUCGCUGGAGCUGCUGAAGGACUACCUGCAGACGCAGGGCACCUGCAAGUGCGGCCUCGAGUGCCCCCUGCACUGCGAGCAGGUCUUCAACUUCGACCCCAAGGUGUCGACGCGGCCGUCGUCCCCCGAGGCGUGCGACAAGGCGGACGCGCGCUCGGCGUGCCGACACAAAC